AUAUUGUGGUUUGGUGUGUGGUGGUUAAAUAUUGUGAAGUCUUUUUUUUCGAUUUUAAAGUAGUGUUUUCUCCUAUUUCCGGCAAAAUGUCGGCCCAAGCUCAAAUGAGGGCCAUGCUAGACGAGCUGAUGGGCACAAUGAGGGAUGGAGAGAGCAAGCUGACUGUAAAGUUUUCAGAUCCAAAAGUGUGUAAAUCAUUUUUACUGAACUGCUGUCCUCAUGAUAUUCUUGCAAGCACGCGUAUGGAUUUAGGUGACUGUCAGAAGAUCCAUGACUUGGCACUAAGAGCAGAUUAUGAGAAAGCAGCCAGAGAUAAAGAUUAUGGAUAUGAUAUUGAUGCAAUGGAACAUCUCAGUGCAUUUAUUGCAGACUGUGAUCGUCGCACGGAACUAGCGAAAAAGAGACUGGCUGAGACUCAAGAAGAAUUAAGUGCUGAAGCUGAAUCAAAGGCACAAGCUGUGCAGACCUUGGCUGAGGAAAUUGGUAAGAAGUUAGCUGAAGCUGAAGUGCUGGGAGCAGAGGGAAACGUGGAAGAAUCCAUGAAGAAACUCAGUGAAAUGGAAGAGUGUCGUAAAAAGAAGCUGGAUGCAGAGGAAGAUUAUCGUAACUCCAUGCCUGCAUCUAGCUUUCAACAGCAGAAGUUGCGUGUAUGUGAUGUAUGUUCUGCCUACCUUGGACUGCAUGAUAAUGACAGGCGUUUAGCCGAUCAUUUUGGUGGUAAAUUGCAUCUAGGAUUUAUCUCUAUCAGAGAUAAGUUGGAUGGUUUGAAGAAAAGUGUAGCUGAGAAGCGAGAAGCCAGAGAAGCAGAAAGGGCAAAAAGACGCGAAGAACGCGAGCUCGAAAGGGAAAAAGAACGUCAGAAACGAAAGAAAGAUCAUGAAGACAAAUACAGAUCCCGAAGGUCAAAAUCAAAAUCCAGAGAAAGACGACGAAGAUCACGAUCCAGGUCAAAAUCUCGAGAUAGGAGACGAAGAUCACGAUCAAGAUCAAAAUCUCGCGAUAGGCGACGAAGAUCACGAUCCAGAUCAAAAUCUCGAGACAGGCGGCGAAGAUCACGGUCCAGAUCCUCUGAUAGAAGGAACAGACGACACAGGUCUCGGUCUCGUGAUAGACGUAGACGAUCUCACUCGCGCGAGCACAGAAGAUCUAGGGAUCGCAGCCGUGAAAGGCGUCAUCAUCGUUCCAAGUCAAGGAACAAGUCAAAGUCGCGUGAACGUUCAAAAGAAAGGUCCAGCUCACAUUCAAAGGAUAGAUCGAGUUCGCAACGAUCGGACUCGAGGGAGAAACGUCACAGAAAGGAAAGAAGCAGUGACAGGUCACCAAAGUAUGCUAGAGAGUUGUCCCAAGAAAAGAAUGGUGAAGAACCUCCAAGUAGGAAAGUCCAAGGGGAUAAUUCUAAUUCUGAUUAAUGUAGGCAGCAUUUUGGACUAAUAUAACCUGUACAAAUAUUCUGAAUUGCUGUAUUUAUCCAUUUCCCUUUUGUUGACUGCGAGAAUACAAUUCGGGUAGUUUUAUUACCUCUAUUUCAUUGAAGGAGGGAAUUUCUCCUUGUCAGACAAUUUUUCUUAUACCAAAAUGAUCAAAGUAAAUGGCUGGUGUGGCAGAGCUAUUUGUUAUUUGCGACAAUGCAUAAUGCCCAUAUACCGUACUCGACCAGCUUAGCACCUAGGGUACUCGGCUCCAAAAAUCAUGUGUUCGGGGGGGGGGGGGGGGGGUUACCCGAGCACCACCUCGAAAAAUUGUGUGAAUGACAAUUUUAGUUCACCAUGUGACAGAUUGAGGCAAAUAUUAUAAACCAAUAAGAAUACUGUGUUGUACUGAUGCUCUUCUCUGGGAAUUUUCAAAUGAUUCUUGGUAACACAGUGUGGAAGUGAAUUAUCAAUGUUGAAGUACGAUCUGUUAAAACUGAUUUCAGCAGAAAAUAUUAGCAUUUUUUGAAAGGUAAACUAAAUAUUUACUGUCUUUCACAUUUGUUAAACAGUUAGGCACUCGCACCAUAUUCACAGCGGUCAAUAUCCACGCUGUAUUGUAUUACGAUUACCAGUAUUCUAUGAUCAAACACCAGGUUUUAUGAAUAGACAGUCAAAUUUGGGGAAUUUUGGUGGGGGGUGGUCUUAACCACGCUAAGUUGGUAGAGUACGGUAAUUUUGCUCAUGCUUGUAAUCUGGUAGAUACAUGUAUUUCAGACCCAAUCUUUAUGGGUAUAUACAUGUAGCAUCUUUGGGGGAGGGGAAGGGGGUGUUUUAUAUUACUCUUUGUGUAUCUAUCAGAUGCAGUAUUUCAGGUAUUGUAGCAUCACAUUUGGUGGGGAUACAUGUUUUUACCUCAAUCCUUUUCAUGUGUUUGGCUUUUAUUUCUUUUUAUAUAAACUGCUGUACAUACUUAGUGUUUUUCAGAUUUGUGAAAUCUUGUUAAUUGCAUUGCCAGAGUGUGAUGUUGCUAUGUAACACCUCCCAUUUGAUGUUGCUAUCUAUGAUAGCCGAAUAUAUUGAGUUGCAUUUAGAAUUACAUACAUUAAAAUUUGCAGAUAUGGAUUGAAUAAAGAUCUCAUUUAAAGGCCUGCUGUUAGCAAACUAGAUUAUAUGAGGCGCAUUACAUCUAUAAUCGUGCACAUACAAAUUUUUGGUGUCUGCAAAUUGUUCAGAAAAUCUGAAUGGUGUUCACAAUUAUGCAGUAUGGCAUAGUUGAUGAUGGUCACUGAUAUACAGGAGAUCACACAACCCUGUCAUUUAAAAAUAGGUCUACUUUUGUCAGAACUUACUACUGCUAUUGUAAUUUGUGAACCAGGUGUCGCUGUUGAGCCAUUACAGUCUGAUUGCCUCCACUAACAGUCUCCUUCCUUUCCCCAGUGGAAAAAACAUGAAACCAUGUGCUUUCACCAACAUUUUAAGUGUAUGAAAACUGACACUAAGUUGACUGACUUUCAUACAGUGGCUCAGCGAAUAUAAUGACCACCAAAUGUGGAAAAACAAGCUGUAUAUUGCCUGAAUGCUAGCUUUCCAAUUGGCCUUCAACCAAAUGUUUAAUGGAUUGAAAGAAUAGUGUGGAUUGAUUGGAAGGUAGGCUCUGCUGAAGUGAGGCAUGCACUAAACCAAAUGGCAUCUGUUCAAAGAAUUUAUUUCCAAUGUGUAAUGUCAGUGAAUUUUUCCUAUAUUUGCAUAUAUACCUAGAUGUAAUAAAAACAAGUCCUAAAAAAAGUUGA